CACAAUUUACGUACAAACAACGUCUCCCGCCUCCACUAUCUCCGAAGCAUACUGUUCGAAUAAAGGAAUAUAACUGUCUACAACAAAAACAAUGUCGCAACAAAUACCCGAAGGUCACGUUGGUUGUCUCAAUUUCGAGCAGGAAAAGAAGCUGCAGGAAGCAUGGCUGCAGCUUGGUGCUAUUUGCGGUGUGCUACCACCUCAAGGCAUUGAUGUCUCCCGGAUCAAAACGAGCACCGUCGAUGGAGCUACAGACGACAAUGACAAGUAUGGCCAAACUAAAGAGUUCCAACAGUACCUGGCUGAGGAGCCACCCGAAGGAAUCCGCAAGACCAUCUGGUCCAUGACCAAAUGCGACCACCCGGAUUCUCUUGUUCUACGAUUUUUACGGGCCCGUAAGUGGCAUGUUAACAAGGCUAUCAUCAUGCUCGUAUCGACCAUAAAGUGGCGACAGGAUAUGCGCAUUGAGGAUAAUGUUACUUUGCAAGGAGAAGCAGUCGCCCUCAAGGAAUCCAUGACGGACGACGAGAACGGCUUCAUGCUACAGUAUAGGUCCGGCAAGAGCUACGUGCGAGGACUUGACCUCCAUUACCGCCCUGUUUAUAUAGUGAAAGCGAGACUACACAAUCCCAGUGCCCAGUCGGAUAAGGCUAUGGAAACGUACAUUCUCCACACCAUUGAGAGCAUUCGAGUUCUUGUCAGGGAUCCCUAUGACACAGCUUGCCUUAUAUUCGACUUAACUGGGUUCGGGCUGAAAAACAUGGACUUUGCCGCCGUCCGUUUCAUCGUCAAUGUCUUCGAGGCAAGAUAUCCUGAGACGCUUGGGGUGGUUCUGGUCCAUAACGCUCCGUACAUCUUCCAAGGUAUCUGGAAAAUCAUCAAGGGGUGGCUUGAUCCUGUUGUAGCUGCGAAGAUCGUUUUCACCCGCUCCACAGCAGAUCUGACAAAAUAUAUAGCCAGUAAGAGUCUCCAGGUUGAGUACGGAGGCGAUGAAUCCUGGGAGUACCGAUACGUAGAGCCAAAUCCUGGGGAAAACGGCAAACUUGAUGACCACGAUGCCAGAGACAAAAUUCAAGCGGAGCGAGACGAAAUCAUACACAUGUUCGAGACUGCCACUGCCGAGUGGGUGUUGCUUGACCCAGAGACACAGGCUGCCAAAGAGGUGGCAUCCAAACGGGCAGAACUUGCAGAAAAGUUGCGUGUCAACUACUGGCAGCUCGAUCCUUAUAUCCGGGCCAGGACAUUCUACGACCGCAUUGGCGUAUUAGAUCAGGACGGCAAGGUUAACUUUGCCAAAGCAGCGUAGCUGCUGUCCCAACUACAACUUUAUCAGUGCGGCUUCUUCGUUUCGGUCAGCACACCACGCGUCAUUCCAUUUCUUGCGUUGUUGCUGCAGGCUACCCCAAAAAAACCCAAACACGGUCCCUGAAACCAAUAUUAAAUCACGUCUUUAGCUGAUACUACGUGGCUAAGAACAAGCCUCCUGCACUCUCAUUACUCAAACUUGCCAAUCGACCAUGUAUCUUGGAC